AAUUUGUCAACAGCAUCAUUCUUUUGAGAGUAUCAACAACAUCAAGUUGAGUUAUUUUAAAUUAAAAGUAAAAAAUCGCUGAAAAAAAAUGAAGACGAAGGAAGUGAUGGCACCAAAAAAGGAUGAAAUCACAUGGAAGUCAAUAACAAAUAAUAUUGUGAAAGCAAUAAAGAACAAGCGAUACGAUCCAGUUGAACUAUUGCCAAAAAAUGUAGUUGAUAAAAUCUUUGACUACAUUAAAGGAAAGGAACUAAUGACAGUGUCGCUUGUCAAUCACCGGUGGUACAAUUUUAUUGGAAAAUCAGAAAGACACAUGAGCAAAGUUGAAAUUCGUAUUGUGGAACCAAGAACUGGACGUCUUCCUUUAUUUACCAUGAGAGACGCUACAUUUAUGACUCAAAAUAGAAGGAAGUAUCAAAACAUAUCGUUGAUUAGUUUGGAAUUUGGGCUCCGAACACAGCACAAACUCCUGCUUGCAAAUUUCCAAUGGAGAAUUGUAAGACUCAUUUGUCACGGAUUCAAGACACAAAUUGAUUUGAAUAAUUUUCUUGGAAUGAUCGAGCCUUAUGUUGAGGAAAUAGUGCUACGUUCUAUUUGUAUUAAAAAGGAUAUACUUCAUACUUUAGAACAAAACUUCACCUUUCCAAGACUAAUGAAAUUGUCGAUCAGAAACUGUUCAGCAUACGUUUACAAUGGACCAUUUAAUGGAGUUACUAAUCUGUACAGCUUAAACAUCGGAACUGAAUAUUCAUCAAAAUACUCACCAGGCAAACAUAAAGGAACUUUAAGAAAUCAAGGCAUUCAGAAUAUUAUGUUAAAUAAUCAUUACCUUGAUGAGCUGGAAUUGUUUUUAAGCCAAGAAGAUUUUGAUGCUAUUUAUAUGAAUGAAAGAUUUUUGAGGAAUAUCCGAUUCUCUUUAUACUCAUUGUCCGUUGGAUGUUUCAUACAACAAGAUAAUGAAGGAAUCAAUAUCGUUCAGAUCAAUAAUUUCAUUCGCUUUCUUGAGUCACAAAAAUAUUUGGUGGAACUAAACCUUGAAAAAUGGCUUGGAAUCUUAGUUUUGGAAUGCUCAGUAAAUGAUAUGCAGCUAAGAGGCUUAACAAUCACAACAUUCGAACAAUUUGGACAACACAACGAUUCUGUUGAUCAUCUUUCACUACAGAGGAACCAAACAAUUGAACAUUUAAGGAUAUGGACACAAAAUAAUAGUGUCGUCAAAGAAAUUGUAAAUCCAUCAGGCCACCGAUCAAUGCAGUAUUAAAAAGAUUUCAUUAUAUGGAGAUAAGAGUCUCAUGUGCUACUAUUUUUAGAGACCUGAUUGCAUAUAAAGGCUGUAAUUACAGUUUUGAACAAGUUUUCUUGGAUGCAGCAUGGAAGUUACAAAAGCAGAUAAAUUUGGAAAUAAUGACAAAUAGCUAUAGAAGGCAUAGCUUUUAAGGAUAUUAUAAAAGUGAUUGUGAGGAACUUUGGAGAUCUAAACUAAGAUAAAUUCUUCAAGAGUUGUUCAUUUCAUACAAUUUGUAAUUCCAAAAUAUGGAUUUAACGUUUCAAUGGCAAAUCUGGGCAAAUCAUAAUAAUUGUUUAAAGAUAAUUGAGUAAUGAUGAGAAGCUUAAAUGACCAAUGUGAGCUUAGUUUGACAAAAAUAAUAUGUAUAUUGCAAAUAAAUUAAUUACCUAAGCUCACUUUUGUUCAUAUUAAGCUCAAUAGCUCUUUAAUUAUUGAUUACAUCAGAUUAUACAUUGAACAUACAUUAAAUAGUGUCUUAAGUUACAUAAAUUUUAAGAAAACUUAAUUAAAAUUAUAAGGUCAAGUAUUUUUGACAUUGUGACAAUUGAAAAUAUUUG